UUCUAGAAAGUUUUAAACCGCGGAGAGGCCACCGAGGAAGGCGACUCGCCGGCGAGGAGGAGGGAGACGACGAAAGCAUCGCCGGACGCCUGUCUCUCGGAGUGUGAGGAGAGAGAGGGGCGCGGGGCGUCUCUCGAGGAGGCGGGUGCGGAAUGGCGGCGCAGGGGAGGGGAGGGGCGGCGCGGCUCGCCGCCGCCUUCCUCGUCCUGCUGCAUCUCGCGGCGGCGACUGCCGGGAAGAGCUACUACGACGUGCUGCAGGUGCCCAAGGGCGCGUCGGAGGAUCAGAUCAAGAGGUCCUACCGCAAGCUCGCGCUCAAGUACCAUCCCGACAAGAACCCUAACAACGAGGAGGCCAACAAGCGCUUCGCCGAGAUCAAUAACGCGUACGAGGUGUUGACGGAUCAGGAGAAGAGGAAGAUCUAUGACCGGUACGGCGAGGAGGGGCUGAAGCAGUUCCAAGGCGGGAGAGGCGGCGGUGGCGGGAUGAACAUUCAGGACAUCUUUAGCAGCUUUUUUGGUGGUGGUGGUGGUGGUGGAAUGGAAGAGGAAGAGCAGAUCCUAAAAGGUGACGAGGUGAUUGUUGAACUCGAUGCUUCACUAGAGGACCUGUACAUGGGUGGUUCCUUAAAGGUUUGGAGAGAGAAAAAUGUCAUAAAGCCAGCACCAGGAAAAAGGAGUUGCAACUGUAGAAAUGAAGUUUACCAUCGACAAAUUGGUCCAGGAAUGUAUCAACAGAUGACCGAACAGGUCUGCGACCAAUGUCCUAAUGUGAAGUAUGUACGAGAAGGUGAUUUUUUGACUGUUGAUAUCGAGAAGGGAAUGCAAGAUGGACAGGAGGUUCUAUUUUUUGAGGAAGGCGAGCCUAAGAUUGAUGGGGAACCUGGUGAUUUGAAGUUUAGGAUCCGAACAGCACCACACGAACGCUUCAGAAGAGAAGGCAAUGACCUGCACACAACAGUUACAAUAUCCCUGCUGCAAGCUCUGGUUGGUUUCGAGAAGACCGUCAAGCAUCUCGACAACCAUCUGGUGGAAAUUGGCACCAAGGGUGUCACUAAACCAAAAGAGAUCAGGAAGUUCAAAGGUGAAGGCAUGCCACUGUACCAAAGCAACAAGAAGGGCGACCUGUACGUAACGUUCGAGGUGUUGUUCCCAAAGACCCUAACUGACGACCAGAAGGCUAAGCUGAAGGAUGUUCUUGCGUAGACCUAACUGAAGGAUGUUCUGUGCUACAGAGAGUUGUCUGAGGCGGUGCCUCGAGUAAAUUCUCCAACUAGCUUGCAUAGAAAGGAGCAGCAGUUGCAUUUCUGGGUGUCAUUUUGCAUUGCUGCUCAGUUUUUUUCCCCUCUUUUUUGUCAUGUCCUUAACAGCUCAGUGUAGUUGUAGAAAGUGGAACGAACUGUCCCAGAAUAUUUGUACUUUUGGAACUUAGAAUACAUUGAUUACAGAAUUGUAGUAGCUUGUACUGCCGACUCAUAACUGUAUUUACAGAUUACAAAACAGCUUCGGUUGUUUGUUC